AGAUAUAGCGUGGAGUAUAGUACCGCGCCGCACCUGACAGUCCACCACGCGGCCCGGCCCCCAAAAAACAAUCUCACCACGCUAUAUACACGCGAGGACCGCGCCGUGUUUCACUCGGAACGCGAGCGCCAUUGGCAAUGUCGGGAAGUGACAGCCCAACAUUCUUUCACGGCCAGCCCUGGUCCAGCUGGAUUGAAAGAAUCGGACGGGACAAGCCGCUGAGUGAUGAAGAAACAGAAGUACAGUCAUCAAGCUCAGUCACACGUCUUUCUUCAGAUGAUAUCGAUUUGUAUGGCUUUUGUCCAGAGAGAGAUGAUUUCUAUGGAGUAGUAUGUGAAAUAUGCGAUGCCAUAGUAAAACCGCAAGCUCUCAUUCAACAUAUAGAGUGUCGCCAUUCUACCGGCAUGGCAAAUUUCCCGCCUCCCGCGACUCCAAUUGCAAAACCGUCCAUAAAAACUCCCUUCUGCAAGGUCUCCAAGUUAAAGAGAAGCACUCAACCACCGGCCCCUUCUUCAGUUUCUACUUCGAUUUCUAUUGUUGGUGGCGCGAAGCUGAACCACACGACCGUUAAGCGUACUGCGGAUCAGGCAAACUUGGCUGUAGGUGCCUCGUUGCCGAUCUCCUCGUCGCCCCGAUCGCCUCUCGAAUCGAUCACGGUACAAACUACCUCUCCUAACGUGACCGGUUCUUCGAAUAUUGCCAAUGCGUCGACAAGCAGUGGAGGGAGUCCGAGCAAAAGCCCUGGUCCCAGCAGUAACAGUAGCAGCAACCAGCCUCGUCGGAAGAGGCUCAAAACGGAUCGCUCGUUGCUCAAAGACCGCGAAUACGAUCCCGACCGGCACUGUGGCGUGUGGAUCGAGGAGACCGGCAAGCCCUGCACCAGGUCGCUCACAUGCAAAGCGCACACUGUCUCGCUACGCCGAACGGUCGUCGGUCGCAGCAAGACCUUCGACAAGCUCCUCGCGGAACAUCGUGCCGCGAAGGAGCAGCCGAAUAGCGGCGGUAACCGACAGACGACGAAGGUGACGGUCUCCGGCACCGUCACCGUGUCCUCGGCCGUUACCGCCGCCGCCGCCGCCGCCGCCGCCGUCGUAUCCAACCUAAAUAAUCCCCUUGCCCCGAACACUCCAAUAUCCAUCGCCGACUCGGAAACGCCGAGCUCACCGCCUGUACUAUCGUUACCGGACACGUAUCCACUGCCAAAGGCUGUUGAUUUGCUUUAUCGGUGUCUGGCCCCGCAUGGCUCCACUAAACCUACUAAACUCGAGGAGGACUUCGUCAAUUCGGAGGAGUUGCGGAAUCUCGAGUCCACACUGGUGGUCAAUUCUACCGUCGCUGGCAGCAGUAGUAGCAAUAGCAGCAACGGUUCGUCACAACAACAAUCAAAUUCGAUGAUGGCACCAAUAUCCGUGAUGCUACCGUCAUUGUCCCCAUUACCGGGUGCCAGCAGCGAAGAGUCAGGAGUAGCCACCUUGAUACCAAGCACUACCACGACACCCACAAUGCCAGUCGUACCGGCACCACUGCCAACCACUUGCGUACAACCACCCACGGUGGUCGCCGCAGUGCUCGAAGGCGAAACUCCGGUGGACAUCGAUACCGAGACCAUGUCCAUGUACUCGCCCGUUUACACUACCAAAGAUACCAAAUCACAGCUAGUGAUGCAAAUACAAUCACGGCCAAAUAGUCAUUCGUCACAGUCGCCGAUCUCGGUGAGGAGCUACCAGCAGAUGCAGGCUUCCAUGCCGAGUCUGAAUUUGUUCGAGCCGGUGGAACAGCUGGAACAGCAGCAUGCCAGUCAAAUCAACGGUAAGAGACUGAACCACGCGAGCUCGGGAUCGCGACAACAGAAGAGGCACAAGUCGCAGCAUGAGCAACUGUCGUGUCAAUCGUCGCAGGAUUUUUCAACGUCUGCGUCGAUCCAAGUCGAAGCAACGACUACGUCGCCCUAUCCCCACUUCAGCGACAUCUCCUGGUCAAAUUGUCAUCCGGAGCCAUUGGCGGUCAGCCGAUGGCUCCGCAUCUCAUCCAGCCGCAAACAAUACAACUUCAAUAUUCACUGACACAAGACCCCACCCACUCCGGGCUGAGGACCGUGUGCUGCGGGCGUCGUUUGUCUACCUCCUUAUCUUCAUGAGACCCUCUUUUUCUUUACCGUCGCCCACGUUAUCAUCCUAGUCAUCGCCGCCACAGUCGAUGUUGCGUCUACAGCCCGUCGAGGGGGGAAGACUCUUAUUUUUGCUAUCAUUACAAUGUGAUUACUUCGCAACAACGAAAUCAAUUGCGAUGUAUCACAGAUCGCCCUGGACGGCACUCCCGUCGAAGGCGAAAUCUUUAAUGCGCGAUGUGAUUUUUCAUUCUAUUAGUAUCGCGCAACGAAGCUUUCAGACUCAGAUCACGAGUACGCUGAUUGCCGUGGAUCAUCGAGGAAGAAUUUUCGAUCGACGGCCUAUGAUGAUCGCGUAUCUGGACGUGUACCUGAACUCGUGGAACUUCACAAAAAGAAGGAACGAGUCGAAAGAGAAAGAGAGAGAGAGAGAAAGAUGUCCCACUUCCGUUUAUUUACUGAAUUUAUAACGUAGAAUAGAUACAAAGAGAUUAAGAUAAACAGAUACGAAAAGGAUUGAGAGCAUAUCUCGAUAACAGUGAAUGAAUGAAUGCGCAAUGAACAACAUUGCAAUACCAUAAAAUUUCUGCACAGAAUCCUCACGGUGUAUCAUUGAGUGAGUUAUUGUACAGCUCGUGAUGCCGCAGAACAUUCCUUCACUCCUGUUUUCUUUCAACACGUGUCACGACUCUCUCGCGAUGAUUACGGAGACAAAUUUUUUAUUAGAUGAUUUCGAAGCGCUUAUCAAGGUAAGAAUUUGUUUUUUGAAAUUAUAUUUUGCCUUUAUCAAGAAUAUUUCUGUUACAUAUCGAGCAACAUUGCCAUUUAAUUGUAAAAUCUUCAUCAUUAGAUCUUUCUACUAAAAAGAUUAUCAUAUGUCGUAUAUAUUUAAUUAUCUCGAUUAUUUUGUGAUAUUUCAUAAUCAUAGGCCGGUAUUCAUCGUCGGUUUUUAUUCCGAAAUCGUCUUACGUAAUGUCUUUAUAUGCUAAUACGGCUUUAUUAUUGGCUCAUGAUAUCUUAAGAUUUUCUUAAAUAUAAAAAUCGACUAUAUAUAUGAAUAUCGGUCAUAGCCGGAAUUAAAAUUGUUUAAACCUCGAUAAAACAAAUUAUUUUUAAUCUAAAACUUAUUAUGCUGGGCUUCUUAAAGAUUCAAAAUGUUCUUUUGAGAACAAGAAAAAUAUCAUGAUUUAUGCAGUAUUUAUUCUCUAUAAUUUUUACAUUUUGAAAUUUAUAUGUAUUACUUUCUUAUAAAUUAUUGCCAAAUUCUAAAAACUUUAUUGAAUGAAAAAUUGAUAAUUGCACAUCGAAUGGUAACGUGAAUUUUACCGAAUGAUAAAGUUAAACGUACGCAAUUGUUUUCACAGUACAGAAUGUCGUGCAUUUUUUAUUGAAUUGUGCAUAAAUUUUGUAAAUAGAGUGCAGAUUAUUAUCCCAUAUUGUACAUAGAAAGACGUUUAGUAUACUCUAUAAACACAUAGUCUUUGCAUAGAAAAAAAACAUUGACUUAUUUCUCCAUGAUAUGAACAGAUUGUACAUACAUUGUAUAUACAUAUAUAUAUACAUAUAUAUUUUUUAUUGAUCACGAUCUCUUAUCCCUUUUGCAUAUAUACUCCGAGAAUACGAAGCGCCAUUAUUUAAUGUUAUAUCCACUUCUUUCGUUUUUACCGUUUUUGCCAUAAGAAUGUAAUUGAAAUCGUUAUAAAUAGCCCUGACUGAUUUAUUUUUCAACUUGAUUCAACUUUCAUUCUACGUUACUUUGAAUAUACAGCGAAACGAUAUCAAUUUAUAAUGUAAAUACAAAACAUAACAGGGACAAAUAGAAUUUCUUUCGAUUGAAUUACAUUUCGACAUAUAAAAUUGAAGAGGCCAGUGGAUGAAAAUUAAAAUUUUCAGUUUUGAUUUUGAAUUGACAUUUACGGUAAAUAUCAGAAAUGACAAUUUAUCUUUACAUAGAAGAAUGGCUUUCGUAAGGACAUAAUAAAUUUAUUUCAUUUGUUUGCCUUUUAAUAAUAGCGAAUUUGUAUUCAUCUCCGCUUAUCAGUAAAAGUCCGCGUAAAUCUACGCGAACGACUGUAUGGUACGAUCGAUUAUCGCAUUAUAGCGCUGAUAAAGUGUUAUAUGUCUUAAUUCAUCCUUAUCCCUGAUGAGAAAAUAUGAAAUAAACAAAAUUUUAUAUAUAUAUAUAUAUUUAAAUAUUGUAGUGUAAUUGAAUUACUGUUUAAUUAGUAUAUAAUUAUUGGAUUAUGACGCGUACUCAACGUAUAGCACAAACGAAUUAAUGUAUAUUAUAUAGAUAACAUUUUUGAAAAUUUCUUUUCGCGAAAAUUUCUGUUUUACGACUCAUUGUCAGACCUGUUUUAUUUUUAGCGCUUCGUUUAUAAGACGAUUGAUCGAUCGCUCCGAAUAAAUCGUAGGCAUAUAUAACGUAGGUUUGCAUGCGGACUCAAAACACAGACAGAUUAGUGAGCUACACGAUCCCGCUGUAUUCAUCCAAGACGAUUAUUUAUUUUUGUACGUUGAUUUGCAUCUCUGCGCACUGCAAUUUUCCGACGGUUGAAGAACGCGCGGGUAGCUAGCGAUUAGCGGCAAGACGCAUAUAAGCGGACUUCUUAUCAUAGAUUGUGAUAUUUAACUAUUAAUGAUUAGUAGGAUAAUUGUAGAUUGUGUCUCUAUGUGUUCGGCGGCAAGAACGUAGCGCGUUCUAUUCUUUUCCUGAUGGCAGACGGCGCGCGUCUUGUACGUAACAGGUGCUUUUUGUGCCGUCUCCCGAUCGAUUUUGCCUUGUCAAGAGAAGAAAAUUACUAACCCUGCGGAGACAAUCUGCGUUGUUCCGCUUAAUUGUUGUUCGCGUUAAUAAAUAAAUUUCUUUAUUGGUGAGCGUAGUGAAAAAAAAUUAAGAAAUGAUAAAAAUUAGGCCAAUUUACGAUAAUUAUUUGGAGAAACGGCAAGAGGCAGAGAUAUAUGGAGCGUAUGUAUGUAUGUGUGUGUAUGUGUGUACAUGUGUUACAUUAUGUCGAAUGUAAACAGGCGCUGAAUAUCGUUACCGCGCAGUAUAAAGCGAUGCUUCACAUCGUCGCCACUGAUUCUCUCGGCUACCUGAAAUCGUGAUAACUUGUACAUAAAUCUUGUAAGCAGAUAAUUACCCGCGUACCUACGAAUAUCAAUUAGCCGCAUAGCUGCGUAAGGACGUACUAUAUAUGAUGUAUAUGCAUCUAUGGGCAAAAUAUUGCAAAGGGGAGGGUGGGAGGAAAAAUCCGUUGGAACUCGUAAGCAUUGAAACUCUAAUUGCUUCACGGGCGUCUCAUCUACGUAAUUUCGCGCGCAUAGUGCUGCAUUUAAUGUUAAAUGUCCUCCUAGCGUCAUUUAUUUGACAUAAGAAUCGUAGUAACGAUGGAAAAUGCGCGGCGACGUUCAGCGAUUCUUUAAUCCUAAGCUUCAGUCGCUGGAUAUUAUAAUGUGAGACAAGAAACAGGCAGCUAACAAUUAGCCCAAUAAAUAUGCGAAAUAACACGAAUCAACGAAAUGUCGCGAAACGAUACGGUUUCCUGAUUUCCUGAAAGCCACUUGUAUAUGUACCACAGUCAGUGUUCAUUGCUCGGCGCGUAACGAUCGUAUCAAUGGCUUAGAGAUCUCGGAAAAACGAUGGGACUCAGAUAACAAACAUUAAAGAAUUUGCUCCAUAGCUAACAUUGGCUCAACUUGGAUUGAAGGAGUCACGGAUUUUCUACAUUAUUGUUCAAGCUCCCAAGAGCAAUAAUAUGUACGAUCGAUGAUCGAUUUAGUAGCAAUAAUAAUUUCGUUAAUUGUAAGAUGUAUCAUUGAGAAAACGUAUUUGUUUCCGAAAGCUCUUACGCUCUUGCAUUCACCGACAAAACAUAAAAAAUGUCGAUCGGUGCUGCAUCUCCCUAAACUAUGUAAAAAAAAAAAGGAAUAUCGAAAGAGAUUCAUAGAAAUUUAUUUUGCAAAAUAGAAAUCAAGAAUUAUU